AUGGCUAAACCCAAAAACCAAACAAAACCUACCAAGCAAAUGCACCAAGACCAAAACCAGCAGCCCCUAAAAUCUGAGAAAACUCCAUCUUGGUCAGUUUUAAGAGGCCUAUUGACCUGCAAAGAUCUCCAAACUCAACACCAACAACAACAAAAGCAGCAGCAGCAGCAACAAAAGCGACAGCAACAGAAAGAGCAUCAAAAGCAACAACAUGAGCAAGCCGUGGAGGAGAAUGGCAAGAAAUGCAAGAAAAUGAAGUGCUCUGGUUCACUCUGUAGCAACACCAAGGUCAUGCAUAGACCUGAAACAGGAUCCCCGGAAGUCCACAAGAAAAGGUCCUCAAUGGGUUCAAGCAGCAAUGCCAGCAAUGAUGCUUCUAGCAGAUCCAUGAAAGCUCCUCUGCAUGAACUCAAUGGAGUUGUUUCCACUGCUUCUUCAUUCUCUGCAUCUUCCAAUUCAUCCAUUGGUGGGUCUUUUAGGGGAAUGCCUUUCAGGAGAUUCUCUGGCUGCUAUGAGUGUAGAAUGGUGGUAGAUCCUGUACUUGGUUUCACCAGAGAUCCUUCUCUCAGGAGUAGCAUCUGUUCUUGCCCUGACUGUGGUGAGAUCUUCAUGAAACCUGAAAAUUUGGAGCUCCAUCAGGCUGUUAGGCAUGCAGUAUCUGAACUGGGUCCUGAAGACACCAGCAAAAACAUAGUGGAAAUCAUAUUCCAGUCAAGCUGGCUAAACAAACAAACACCCAUCUGUAAAAUUGACCGCAUCCUGAAAGUCCAUAACACCCAGAAGACGAUCUCCAAGUUCGAGGAAUACAGAGACUCCAUCAAAGCCAAAGCCACUAAGCUCCCCAAGAAGCACCCACGCUGCAUAGCAGAUGGCAACGAGCUUCUCAGGUUCCACUGCACCAACUUUAUCUGCUCUUUAGGCCUAAACGGGUCCUCCAACCUCUGCAAUUCAAUCCCACAAUGCAGUGUAUGCAGUAUAAUCAAGAAUGGCUUCAAGGUUGCCGGAGAAUCAGCCGGAGGAGUUGCUGAGAAGGGAAUUUUGACAACUGCGACGAGCGGGAAGGCACAUGACAAAGCUGGAGUGUCGGCAGAGGAAAACAACGACAAGAGGGCAAUGCUGGUUUGCCGGGUGAUUGCGGGCAGAGUGAAGAAGAACAUGGAGGGGAGUAUGGAAGAGUAUGACUCGGUUGCCGGGGCUGCGGGGCUCUAUUCUAAUUUGGAUGAGUUGUAUGUGUUUAAUCCCAAGGCUAUUUUGCCUUGUUUUGUUGUCAUCUACAGAGGAUUCUAAUGUAACUUUAUUUAACACUGUUGCCUGGGAUAAUAUUUUCUUGCUUUAUUAAAAUCUGGGAAAUCUUUCGGGUCUUGUUUUAA